GCUGAAUGGGGACCACUUCGCCAUGUCCUCGUGAUCAAAGAACGCAAUUCAGGCAUCUCUCGUGGCUUUGCUUUUAUUGAUUUCCCUUCUGUGGUAUCGAUUAAGCAUAUCAUGUCAACAUUUGAUAGUUUGGCAUUAUGAAAGGCACAUGUGAGUUAAAUUGUUGUGAAACAAGGAGUUGCAUGUGCAAUGAUGGAUAAACUUGGAGACGAAGGUCUUGUUAUGGAUGGUAGGAAGCUCUUCUUCGAGUACAGUAGUAGGCCGACUGGGGGGACAAGUGGACCAUCGUUUGGACCAGAUAAUGCGUUAAAAUCUGGUCAUGGUAACCAUAAAAGUAUCACAGUACCAUCUGAUUGGAUGUGCACCAUCUGUGGCUGCGUAAAUUUUGCACGGCGAACAUCCUGCUUUCAGUGUAAUGAGCCACGAACAGCUGAUGCCCUACCAGCAGAUGUGGCAUCGUCAAAUCCUACAACAGUGGGGAAGAAAGGGGAGGCAGGUCCUACCCAUGUCUUGGUUGUCCGUGGGUUGGAUGAAAGUGCUGAUGAAGAAAUGCUUCGUUAUGAGUUUUCCAAACAUGCUCCAAUUAAGGAUCUUCGUCUGGUUAGAGACAAAUUUACUCAUGUUUCAAGGGGAUUUGCCUUUUUACAUUUUCAUACGGUUGAGGAUGCUACCAAAGCUCUUGGAGCAACAAACGGGGCAACUCAAGAAAAGAACGGACAGAUUCUACGAGUACCAUAUGCAAAAAGCAUUCUUGGACCGGGAUCAGGGCCAUCAGGAUCUUCUCAGUCAAGCAGUCUUGCGGCUGCCGCAAUUGAGGCAGCAGCAUUUGCUCAACAGUAUGAUGCUGUUGGAUGGGCACCAAAGGAGUAUAAUCCAGACAAUAAGCAGCCCUCUGGUGGGCAGGAGCCAAGUGGUGGAGAGGUUGCAGGUCUAAGGAUGCUUAUUCAUUACAAUCUGGCUUUGUUUGGGAUGAAGCAUCUGGCUAUUAUUAUGAUGCUUCUUCUGGAUUCUAUUAUGAUGGAAAUACAGGCAAAUGUUGCAAGUGUUGUAUCAUGUGGGCCAUAGCCCCCAUGAUAUCAAUGUUGUAUUCUAUAAGUGAAAGUUCUGAUAUGUGUUGCUCAUGCAAUUGCACUGGUGCACUGGUGUGGCAUCCUAAAUCUUUAACAAUCUUAUUCAGUGUGCAU